UGUAGUUCUCUUAUCGGACUGAAAUCCGUGGGGUGACAUUCUUGAAUCUCGGCAGACAUUCCUUUUUCAGUUCCGUCAGAAGACUUCCUUAUCCGGGAAUUUAUCUGGAGAAGCUCCCAAUCCGUGAUGCUUUUCAUACUUUCCUGACUCUCCACGUAUCACUCACAUGAGAGCGAAGCCGAUAAUCUCGUUAUGAAGCACCCAUUAUACAUAUGCACGGCUUGCUCGCGUCAACGAGCCCCAUGCACUCCUUCCCGACGAGCGCUUUCAACCGCCAUCGCACCAAAUACUCCCUCCAGCCCGAAUAAAAUCCCUCUCCGCGACUUAACUCCUGCACAGAUCUCCUGCUACUGGGAUACGAAAGUGCCCAAUGAGGCCGAACUAGCCUACGCCGACAAAUUCUUCGCCCCUUCCCGCCAUUCCCCUGUCAAAAUAUGGUCCGCUAGCAAAUUCCGCACCACGCCUAUGGCAUCAGUAGAGCCCGAAGUUGCCUUCCUUGGUCGCUCGAACGUCGGGAAAAGCUCGUUAUUGAAUGCAAUAAUGGGCAAGAAGAUAUGCUGGACCUCUUCAAAACCAGGCAGAACGCGGGAGAUGAAUGCGUUCGGAAUCGGAGGUACGAAAGGUGGCGAGUCCAAAAUUGUUCUGCUGGAUAUGCCGGGAUACGGGAAGGCGAGUAGAGCAGAAUGGGGUACUGAAAUCAUGAAGUACCUUCAGGGCAGAAGACAACUUCGACGAGCUUUUCUUCUUAUAGACAGCUUACAUGGUCUUAAAAGGCAAGACAAGGACAUCCUCAUGCUUUUCCGAAGAUAUGCCAUUCCACACCAGGUCGUCAUCUCGAAAGUUGAUAAGGUUCUGGCCAAGAAAAAGAGUCAGGUAAAGAGCGGAGCAUCUGCGGCAAAUGUCGCCGCACUACACAAUAUGUUGCAAGGUUAUAAACCAAUUGUCCAACCCGCUGGCCGAUCAGAGGGUCCUGGCGCCUUAGGUGAGAUCCUGACUUGCAGUGCAGAGGCUUCCAUUAGCCCAGGUAAAUCGUUAGGAAUCAGCGCCGUCCGCUGGGCUAUUUUAUCGGCUGCCGGAUUUGAUGAGAAUAUGAAAGCGCAACCUGUGCCUACCGGGUCGUCGGUUGCUAACAUAUCCACAGUUGCCUCUUAGCUUGAAUCCAGGAAGCAUCAUUGUUGAUAAGCCGUCAGCUGAUAAUCACAAAGCUUACUUGGGGUACAACAUCCGUCGCUUACAGGUAAAUCAUACCUACGUGGCCAUGUCAAGGCUUGCAAGCGAUGCCCAGUAACGCCCAAGGGGGUGCCAGUAUCAGGUUUUAAUCAGCCGGCCAUGGUCUUGUUCGCAAUCUCCAGCGGAUCUUCCUACCUAUUAGCUAAAAAUUUCCGAAGGGGGCUUUGUUUGCCCUGAAAUCACCAUCGAACCUGGACUAAUAAGCGGCUGUGUCCAGUCAUUAAAUUUUGUUAAAUAACCAUGGAUGGAUAUAUCAGAGCUAAUUACAGUGAAGGGACAACCUUUCAAGGGGCUAACUCGAGUAUUUACACUACUCCUCAGGCUUCUACUUAUUCUCGAAGCAAACCUCCAACACAGCGUAUAGAAA